GAGACGGGGUUUCUCUAUGUAGUGCUGGCUGUCUUGGAAUUCACUAUGUAGACCAGAGACUAAAUCUGCCUGCCUCUGCAUCCUGAGCGCUGGGAUUAAAGAGCAUGCGCUGGUCCAUGGGCACCAGGCCAGUUCUUCAUGUGACGUGCCAGCCUCCAACCCCAGAGCCAUGGGGGAGAUGAGGUAGCCCUCGGGUUGAUUUGGGGAAGCCCAGGUCAAUGGAUACGAAGUACAAGGAUGACUUAUUCCGGAAGUACGUGCAGUUCCAUGAGGGCAAAGUGGACACCACCCCCGGCAAGCAGCAGCCUGGCAGUGAUGAGUCCCUGCGCGUGGCAGCCGCCACCCUGCUCAGCCUGCACAAGGUGGACCCUCUGUACCGAUUUCGGCUGAUCCAGUUUUACGAGGUGGUGGAGAGCUCCCUCCGCUCACUGAGGAGCUCCAGCCUGAGUGCUCUGCACUGCGCCUUCAGCUUGCUGGAGACGGUGGCCAUCAACCUCUUCCUGUUCCCCUGGAAGAAGGAGUUCCGCAGCAUCAAGACCUACACGGGCCCUUUUGUUUACUAUGUCAAGUCCACAUUGCUGGAGAAGGACAUCCGAGCCAUUCUAAGGUUCAUGGGCUACGAGCCUGAGCUGGGGACUGCGUACAAACUCACAGAGCUUGUGGAGUCCCUCCAGGUGAAGAUGGUCUCCUUUGAGCUCUUCCUGGCCAAGGUCGAGUGCGAGCAGAUGCUGGGGAUCCACUCGCAGGUGAAGGACAAGGGCUACUCGGAGCUGGACGUGGUGACUGAGCGCAAGAGCAGCACGGAGGAUGCGCGUGGGUGCUCGGAUGCCCUGCGGAGGCGGGCAGAGAGUCGGGAGCACCUGACCACGUCCAUGGCUCGUGUGGCACUCCAGAAGUCAGCCAGCGAGCGAGCAGCCAAGGACUACUAUAAGCCCCGAGUGACCAAACCCUCCAGGUCGGUGGAUGCCUAUGACAGCCACUGGGAGAGCAGGAAGCCCCCAUCAAAGGCCUCACUGAGUCUGCGCAAGGAGCCCUUGGCCAUGGAUGUAGGGGAAGACUUGAAGGAUGAGAUCAUCCGCCCAUCUCCCUCAUUGCUGACCAUGUCUAGCUCCCCCCACGGUAGCCCUGAUGACCUUCCCUCCAUCUCUCCCAUCAACGGCCUCGGCCUUCUUCGUAGUACGUACUUUUCCACUCAGGAUGACGUGGACCUGUAUACCGAUUCAGAACCCAGGGCCACCUACCGGAGGCAGGAUGCUUUGCGGCCGGAUGUAUGGUUGGUCAAAAAUGAUGCCCACUCCAUCUACCACAAGCGUUCACCCCCCACCAAAGAGUCUGCCCUCUCCAAGUGCCAAAACUGCGGCCUGUCCUGCAGCUCCCCCCUCUGCCAGCGCUGUGACAGUGUACUGGUCUGUCCUUCAGCCUCCAAGCCCAGCGCUUUUCCCAGCAAGGCCUCUGCACACGACAGCUUGGCCCAUGGGGCACCUAUACGGGAGAAGUAUGUGGGCCAGACUCAGGGCCCUGACCGGUUGGCACCUGUCCACUCAAAGCCCAAGCCCUCCACCACAGCCACCUCUCGCUGUGGCUUCUGUAACCGUGUAGGUGCCACCAACACGUGCACCCAGUGUUCAAAAGUUUCCUGUGACGCCUGCCUCAGCGCCUACCACUACGACCCGUGCUGCCGAAAGAGUGAGCUGCACAGGUUCACACCCAACAAUCAGCUGAAUUACAAAUCCGCCCAGUUCUCCCAUCUCGUGUACAGAUAGGCCCCGUCCCCCAUCUUCCGCUACAAGGGCUACACACCACUGACCUGGCUUGGUCCCAUCAAGAGGUAGCAGAGCUGCGCCAGAAGGAAGCAGAGACUUGAGCUUGAGCACAGAUGCCCCAGGGUUACUGCUGUCACAUGGUUCGCUUAGUGCGUCCCGUGCCACUGUGUGGUCUGAAGGACAGGAUGGCACUGUGCUGGCCUCUCCGCUCCCUGCUCAGCUGGUUUGGGUUUGGGUUCUGGUUCCCUUGAAAUAAGGUCUCUGUGUCUGGGACUCUUGCCACACCUGCCCCACCUACUGCAAAGCCAGCUUGGACUGGGAAGGAGCCUUUGGGGUCACCUUCAAGUCCCCAUCAGGAGUGGCGAGCUAGAGGCCUGCUGCCUUGUGAAAUGAGCCCUCCUGCCGCACCGGGCCUCUCUGGCGGCUUGCCUCUUUCCUGCUACCUUGACACAAGGAUCCCUAGGCAGAUGUCCCCACCCCGUCUCCCACGUGACUGGUAUUAAUGGGGAGCCAUGUCCAGUAUUAGUUGAAUGCCAUCUUGCCAGCUCCACUCAAUCAGCCCACAGUGUUGCCAAGCUCUGCUUGGCAGUUGGAAAGUGGACUCCACCACAGGACGCACGUCCCUCCUGUUUGCAUAACCCCCUCUCCUGUAUUGUACAUACAGAAUUUGAGGUUUAUUUUUUAAUGAAUGUUAACUUGCUGUGUGUUUCAACAUGGUGAAAGAAAUUAAUGAUAUGGUAUUUAUAAAGGUGCCCUGGGUUCUUUAGUCUUCCAAGGGGGGCCGUAUGCCCUUUCCCGGUGUUUCUUCCACUGCUAGGGUGGAGCUGGGAGCCUCGGGAUAAGGAACUGAUAAUGCUCAUGUUCCUUCCCACGGUGGUAGAGAGCUACUGUCUUCCCUACAGUAAAUAUUAUACACCUACCUCCAGUGUGCACACGGGGGUUGGCAUGGUGCCAGGGUCUGCAAUGACCUCAGUGACAAGAUGGGGACCUCAACCCCCACAUCUAUAGCUCUGUCUGGUUUUGGUGCCUGCUGAGCAUGAAUCUUGCACCGUAAACUUUGAAUCUCAGAAGGAAGUUCAGGUGGUGGGGUUCCCUCCACCCCAUCUAGCCUUCCUCACUGGUUCCCAGGGCUGUCAGCUCGGCGAGCACGGCUCUCAGUCUUUUUGCACUAGGGUGGGCAGAGGUGGUGUGGGCUGAUUAGAUGCCUCUCCAGUACUCAGCCAGUAUCCAUACUUCCUGGUAUAAAUCCCCUCUGGAUUUUCCUUUUGUGGAGAGUAGCAGGGCAGGAAUCUGAAGCUGUCACUUUCUUGUGAAGUGUUAACACACUUUAGCCAUAGGUAGUUGUGAUGUCCAGUGUUUGGGAUCUAUGUGCAAGCAGAGUUUUCCCAAAGCAGGCAUUCAGCUCUGGAGCAGGCUUGACUCUGGCCAAACCCUGAGCCACUGUGAAUUUGCUGGUGGUCUUCAGACUUACUGGAGUGAUUUUAAGGUUUCCAAAUCUUAUAUGACUCUUUUCUAUCUGGCUGACAGACCACAUGUAGAUAGGUGUACAUACAGCUGUAUUCGGGCGAUUUUAUCCCUGACUGGCCUUCCGGGGCAGACUCUUCGAUGUUCCACACCUCAGAGCUGGUGAUGCCGGGCCCUUAUGAGAGCUCCAGCAUCGCAGGGACUCUCUUAAGAUGGAGGACAGGCCGCCUGAGGAAGUCCAGUGUGCUUCCCACCAGGAAAUACAGUGUACAGACUGGCAAGGCCUCUCCCCUCCCAGGUGUGUCUUACUAUAGGAGAUCGCUGUGAUCCAGAUAGUUGAGUAGAUGCUAAUUUAAAAAUGCACAUAUUUUGCAUUUAAUUUCUACAGAGUUGAAAUGUUGAGAGAUUUAAAAAAAAAACAAAACAAUAAAGUGUCUUCCAUUGUUAA